AUGGCAGGUCGUUUACUUCGAGAACCUGGUGCAGCUGUUAAAAUUUUUAAAGAAGCACGGCGGAAUAGCGCGAAACUUUUUGUUAAAAGAAUCAGUUGGGUUACAGGUGCAUCGCAGUUGAAAGACUACUUCUCUCAGUUUGGUAAAGUCCGAAACAUCAUGCUGCCAUUUGAUUUGGAGACAGGCCUGCACAAGGGUUUCGCAUUUAUUUCAUUUGAAAAUGAUGAUUUCUAUGAAAAUAUCAAGAAAUUCGAGGGAAAACACGUUAUUGAUGAUGAGGAAGUAAUUUGUUUACUACCGAAUGGAGGAAAGUCAUUGUUUUUGACUAAUUCUGAUACGACAUUAUUUGACAGUGAAAACAGUUGUAGAAUGGAUAUUUCGAAAACAAAUUUCGACAAUGAAAUUGAUGCAGUUGAAUUCAUUAGAACUGAGAAAAGUGUUAAGGAAAAGGAAAUAAAACGUGGAGAACGCACAAAAGAAACAAAUCUGCUACAAAAGUUACAAAAAGCAGAUAAUCUGAAAGAGAAGUCCGGAAAAAAUAAUCUGUUAGUACAGAAAGCUGUCAGUACGAAGCUCACGGAUUUCGUAAGGGAAAAUGAAUGUGACAAUGGAAUGUGUAACAAAACUUACAAGAAUGUGCGUGCUUCGAAUGGUUUAUAUGUGAAUGGUACAAAGAAUGGUUUUACUGAUCGGAUUAGCUUAUCAAACAGAAGUUUUAGGAUCGAAGCUACAAAGCAAAAAUUAUUUUAA